AUGCCUUCACUACAGAGUAUUAUUAUCCCGGCAGUCAUGUCCUUUGCCGUGGCUGCGAAUGCCAACUUCAAUCUUGGUGGAAAUCUCUUAGGCAAGCGUCUGAUUACAAAUUGUCCUAACUACUGGACCCCAGUCAACUAUAAUGGCCAGGGCCGAUGCUGCCACGGAUCCCUCAGCGUUGAGGAAGAUAACGAGCCUUACUGUUGUGUAAUGAACUAUCACGACUACAACUGGAAGGACAGACCACAAUUCUCCGACUGUUUCCCCUUCUGCAGCGGCACUGAUGAUGGAGGUCCCUCUGUUACCUGGAGUAACGAGCCCAGCUGUAUCACCCGUGUUCCCUUCAGCGCGAGCGAUUACUCGAACAUCGUUUCCUCAGCCGCGUCAUCUGGAGACAGUUCUACCAGCACCACCAAUGGACCUGCUACCAAUGAAGCUAGCCCGACCUCUACUGCCUCGAGCAACUCGGACGACUCAGACAACUCAGACGACUCGGAUGACUCGGACGAUUCGAACAUGGACCCUACCUCAUCGGACCGGUUGGGUGAUUCGACCAGAAACGCGGCCCCUGUGGCCACUGCUGGAAGUGUUCUGGGUGGAGCUGCUAUGGCUGCUGUCUUGUUCGCUCUGUAA